AGAAGCCGUUGUUGGCCAUUUAAAGGUUCUGCAUAGGUGACGACAGCCACGUCACGCAGCGUGUGAACGCUGAACGCAUGAAUUGGGCUGCCAAGUUUUCGCCGAUCACCAAGUGAAGACCACGGAUAUUGGCAGUUAUGGCUCCAAUGGGUAUCCGCCUGUCCCCUUUCGGUGUGGCCGUAUUCUGCCUUCUAGCACUCGGCAUCUUAUAUCACCUUUACGCCGGGGUCAUCUCCAGCCGACUGGCUGCUUUCAGCCAGAGGAGGAAUGUAAAUCUCAGAGAACUUUUGGCGGUAUCGGUGGAGGCUGCAGCUCUUGGAGGCAAAGAGGUGAAGAAGGUGCGUGACGAAAACAGUCUGAAGGAGAAGUCAAAGGGGAAGACAAAGGAGGGAGCCAAUGAGCCUCUGACCAUGGGUGACCUGCUGUCACAUAGAAAAAUGUACAACCUUUUUAGGAACACUUUCCCAGAGAUCACCGUGAAUAGCGAGGAACAUGACAACAUGGCGGACAGGACUGCCUUAUGGAGUCGGGACAUUCCAGCAGACAUACUAGAAAAGAUCGAAGGACACAAGGAAGUUCCUGCUGACAGCGUCACUGUGUGGAUUGAUCCUUUAGAUGCCACGCAGGAAUAUACAGAGACCUUGGUCAAGUACGUGACGACGAUGGUAUGCGUGGCUGUCGCCGGCAAACCGGUCAUUGGUGUCAUACACCAGCCAUUCACUGGCUUUACUGCCUGGGCGGUUGUGAAUCAGGGAUCCAAUAUGAGUCCCCGCUCGUCCUAUAGUGUGAGCCCUCCUAAAGUAAUUGUGUCCCGUUCCCACUCUGGGAAAGUUAAAAGCUUUAUUCAUGAUGCUUUUGGAAACGGCACCACAAUUAUCGAAGCAGGAGGGGCAGGGUAUAAAGUCCUGUCACUCUUGCAGAUGCCUUCAGGUGAUAAAGAGCCUAUCGACCAAGCAGAUGUUUACGUCCACAUCACCUUCAUUAAGAAAUGGGACAUCUGUGCUGGUGCAGCACUACUGUCUGCCCACGGGGGCCACAUGACAACUCUUAAGGGAGAGGACAUUGACUACAGUGGGAAUCCUCUCAACAAAGGAGGACUAGUGGCCAGUGUAGGUGUCGACCAUCACGCCAUACUGGAGAGGCUGCCAAACUGGGACCCCGAUAAGCAGUGAAAGCCUGACGCACUGGUAAUUUGGUCAGGCUUUUGUACAGCCAUCCUUCGACAGGCCUGCUUUUCUUGAGAAGAGUUGACGACAAACAUAACAGACCUCAGGAGGGGACAAGCCUCUCUCAGCCACAAUUCAAUACCAGGACAGCAGAGCCAACAUGGCUGCCACGGGAGCCACACUCCUACAUUAAGUUAGUGUAUAGUUACUAUACUUACUAUUUAUGUGCAUAUGUCAGGGUGGAAUGGUUUAGAAAGAAUACACUCUUCUAUGUUAAUUCAGUCUUGGAGGAUCAGAAGUGCUGCAUUGUUUUUAAACUUCCCAUGCUAUAGUGAUUGAGUUUGUCCUCCUUGGAUUUGCAUGAAUAUGAAUGUUGCUCUUCCCCACUGUCUCCUCCUCCAUUAACAACGGACACACUGGCAAAAUAUCUUAAAGGUCCCAUAUUUUGGCUAUUUAGACCUCCAUAGAGUGACUCUCUUAACAUGGAGUUAGUAUAAAAGUGUCAGUUUCAUUAAAAAAAAAAAAAAAACCUGGAUUUUGUCAUACGUGUGUCUAGAAAAGGCCCUCUGACGGCUACUUCUGUUUGACCCAGUUUUGUAUCUGCUUUGUCUGACUGCCCCCUUUCCUCUGAUUUGGUUGCCUCCAUGUAGAAGACCCACUUGUGAGAGCACACUUAUGUUGACAGCACUGGCUCGGUCGAGAGCAGAAAGGGAAGGCGUAGAUCUUCGCUAGUGACAUAGAUAAGCUCGAGAAAUUCAAAAAACCUGAUUUCAGGCCUCUCUGCAGAAAAACAUCUGGAUCUCAGGAAUGCGUGGAUGAUUUUUUUUAUUCAUAUUUCCCAUGUUUACUGAGGCACCAUAGAGCUACUAUAACUCACAAAUACUAGAAAAAGUUGGUUUGGUAAAAUAUGGGACCUUUAAAUGGUUUAUCACGUUGCAGAAACACUGAUGGCAAGUUACGUCUUGUGCAGUCCUUGUUUGUUUUUUCUGAUUGUUUUUAAUCUGCAGCUUUGUGAUGUCAUCAUCCUAAACAUUGCGUCCACGACGUGAUGUUUUUACUUGAAGUGUUUUACCCCUAAAUAACACACUGUCCGGAUCCUUUGAACAUUGGCUACGACUAGCUCGCCUCUCAACCGCUGUUUGGGAUUGAGCUGCUGUCACACACAGUUUUGUUCUAAAACGGCAGUUGAUAGGCGAAUGGGAGUAAUGGUGGCACAAGGCGUGGCACAGACUUGAAAUACCACAAUGGAGGUGAACUUCUUUGGAAUUGUGCUCACAAUAGAUGGCGCUCCAUCCUCAAGCAAACCUCCAGACUGUUGAGUGUAUUGGAUAUUCUACCAGCCACUCCAAAAUGAUAGGAUUUUGGCAUGAAAAAUCAUAUCAUCUUUGCUUUGAACUGGAGUUACGUAUAUCUGUUGAUGUCUAGUUAAAAGUGCUUUUUGUCCCCAAUUUGGUUUCUAUUCAUAUUAAAAGAAUGUCUUGUGAUUUUUUUCUUUUUCUUUUUCUUUUUCAUUUCUGUAAAAAAAAAAAAAAGUUACAAAAGUACUUUGUUUAAUGUUGUUUCAUGAUGAAACAUGCUUAAAAUAAAUCUGCCACAAUUG